AUGAUACAGAUUGGAGGCUUAGGGUCUGUGAUUAUCAUGCCAUUGCUCGGUACACUCUCCGAUGCAUAUGGCCGAAAAGUCAUGCUUACGAUCCCUUUGACCCUCGCCAUAAUUCCUCUAGUUGUAAUGUCGGUCAAGAGGUCAACGGAGUUUUUUUACGUGUACUAUGUUUUGAAGUCUCUAACAGCAAUGGUCACAGAUGGCGGUGUAAUUUGCCUCUCUCUUAGCUAUUUGGCUGAUAAUGUAACCGAGCAAAAGCGCAUCUCUGCAUUUGGAAUCUUGGCUGGAGUUUUCUCUGCUGCAACCGUAUGCGGUACAUUGACUGCUCGGUUACUCUCAACGGAUCGCAUUUUUCAGGUGGCGGCAGUUGCUGCUUUUACUGCGGCUGUUUAUAUGCGGAUUUUUCUCAAGGACACGACUCGAAAAGUCGAUGAACUUGAGCAACCUAUCUUGAAAAAUGUGACCGAUCAUCGAACAACCCAAGUUGAAAACGCGUCUCUGAAGUUAUCCGACUUGGUCAAGAAAGUCCCGUUGCCUAAGGAUAUCAUUCGCUUGCUCAAGAGCAGCUUAACUCUAUCAUUGGCAUCGUUUGUUGCCUUUUUCAAUAGUCUUGCUGAGGCAGGGAUUCAAGCUUUCUUAAUGUAUUACUUGAAGGCGCGUUUUCAAUUCGGGAAAGAUCAAUUUGCUGAUAUAUGGCUUAUUACCUACAUUUCAGCUACCAUAUCAAGUAUGGUCUUGAUGCCCACACUCGCUCGGUUUAUAGGAGAAGAGACAAUGCUUUGCAUGGGACUAUUUGCCGGAUUCUUGAAUAUGCUACUCGAUAGUAUAGCCUGGGCGCAUUGGGUACCUUACGCAUCGGCAUUCUUGGGCCUCUUCCUUUUCCUAGCGACGCCUAGUAUUAGAUGCAUUAUUUCGAAACAAGUAGGACCCUAUGAACAGGGGAUUGCUCAAGGAUGUCUCAUGGCCAUAGCCUCGUUUGCUAACGUUAUUUCCCCAUUAAUAUAUAGUCCACUUUCAGCUCUGUUUCUGUCGGAUGGAGCUCCGUUUAAUUUCCCCGGUUUCAGCAUUCUUUGUGUGGGGCUUGCUUGGUUCAUAGGUUUUAUUCUUAGUACAAUGAUAAAAAUACAUCCAUACAUGUCGAGAGCAAGGAACGAGCCGUGUUUAUUGGCCUAA